UCAUUUUUGAUUCCACCACGAAAGCUUCUUCUAUAAAUCACAGUUUCCUUCUUGACAUUUUCUCUCUCGUUUUUUUUUUCUCGAGAAAAUUUAACAAUUCCGAAAGGAAGAUAGUUUUGAGCUGUUUGGCUCACCAGAAAAAAAAAAUAGAAAAAAGAAGUAGAAAUGAGGGGCGCUAAUGGAGAAUCUAGAGCUAUGAAUAGCCCUUCGGAGACUAUAUAUGCUGCUGCUAACGCGAUCGCUUCAGCUGAGAAUCGUGUUCCACAAUAUACUGGUCAGAAGAAAAGAUGGGGUGGUUUCUGGAGCAAAUAUUGGUGCUUUGGAUCUUUCAAACAAAAAAAGCGAAUUGGACCUGCUGUUCCUGUUUCUGAAUCGAGUGCUUCCCAUGCUAAUGUGCCUGCUGCUGAAAUUCCAACCCAAGCACCUGCCAUGACACUUCCCUUUGUUGCACCACCCUCCUCUCCUGCUUCUUUCCUUCCAUCUGAACCCCCCUCUGCUACUCAGUCUCCAGCUGGUGUAGUGUCUCUCACCUCCAUAUCUGCUAGUAUGUACUCUCCAGGGCCUGCUUCUAUAUUUGCAAUUGGUCCUUAUGUUCAUGAAACUCAGUUAGUUUCACCACCUGUUUUCUCAACCUUCACCACUGAACCAUCAACUGCUCCCUUCACUCCUCCCCCCGAGUCGAUGCACUUGACUACACCUUCCUCACCUGAGGUGCCAUUUGCUCAGUUCCUUGGCCCCAACUUCCAGUUUGGAGAGGCUGGACAGAGAUUCCCCAUAUACCACUAUGAAUUUCAGUCUUAUCAGCUUCAACCUGGGAGCCCAGUUGGCCAAUUGAUCUCACCAAGUUCAGGAAUCUCGGGUUCUGGCACAUCAUCUCCUUUCCCUGAUUGUGAUUUUGCUGCCGGUUUACGCUUUCCCGAGUUCCGGAUGGGUGAUCCUCCCAAGCUCUUCGACAUUGAUAAGCUUUCCAACCGUGAAUGGGGAUCAUGUCAUGGUUAUGGGACUUUAACCCCAGAUGCUACAACGUCCACACCUCGCGGUGGUUUUCUUCUGGGUAGACAGGUCUCUGAAACUGUAUCACAUCCGCAUGUGGAUAAACAAAACCCAACUGAUCAGGUUGCAGUUAAUCAUCGACUCUCAUUUGAUUUGACUACCGGAGAAGUUAUAAGAAGUGUGGAAACAGAGGCAGCAACACCAUCUGAAGCCAUGUCAGAAUCUCUACAGAAUGAAGCAACAAGAGAAAGAGAAGAUAAUACAACUAAGAUGGUGGGUGAUCAUGAAUGUCGUGUUGGUGAAACAUCCAAUGAAAGACCAGAGAAAGCUCCAGCAGAUGGUGAAGGCACACCACACCACCGUGAGAACCAAUGCCCAACACUUGGGUCAGCUAAAGAAUUCAAUUUUGACAAUGAUGAUGGAGUUGAUGCCCAUAAGCCUAUUGUUAGUUCUGAUUGGUGGGCGAAUGAGAAGGUAGCUGGAAAGAACGACAGUGUAGCCAAGAAUUGGUCUUUCUUCCCCAUGAUGCAGCCAGGAGUUAGCUAACCGGUAUGAAUUUUAGUAGAUGCCUUCUGAUUUUCAAGUCGUUUUAAGAACUAGAUGCGGUGUCGGUGAUCCAAACAAUUUAGUAACAGCAACAGGGAACAAUUAAUCAACCAAAUCACAGGUAGCUUUAAUGUUAUUUUUUUUUACUCAGAUGACGUAUUGCAUGAGGAAUGUAUUCGAGUCCUUCCCGACUAAAAGAAACAAGGUCUCAAGCAUAUUUUUGUUGU